AUGUCCACUUUCAUGUUUGGACCAUGGGCUAUCCGACCAUCUGAAAUAUUCUUCACAUCAAAAUACUCACUUGGACUAGUCAAUUUGAAGCCUAUUACUAAUACCAUUGCUUCAAGGAAGCCCAAAUAUAAGCAAUGGAUUAAUUUCCAACCUGAUGUAGACUUGCUGGUUAUGCCUCGACGUGUAGUUGUUCGAUUCGCAGAUUUGACAUCUGAUGAAGUUGCUGACUUGUUUCAGAGUGUCCAAACUAUUGGUCGUGUUCUUGAAAGAGAAUAUCGAGGUGAAUCUCUGACAAUCGCUGUACAGGAUGGACCAUCUGCAGGACAAACUGUUGCACAUGUACACGUCCAUGUCAUCGCCAGACGCAAAGGAGAUUAUGCGGAUAAUGACAGAAUAUACGCUGACAUGGACAAGAGUGAAAAGGAUGCAGCCAAAGAAUUGGCAAAGGAGUCCAAACCUCAGGGUGUCGAUUUCGAAGAUCGCAAAUCUCGAACACAGGAAGAGAUGGCUCAAGAAUCGGCCAAGUUGCGACCCUUCUUUACUCAAUACGAAGAUAUCUGGCCCUAA